CCAGGCGUCUUGGCCCGCCCAGCGUCCGGCUGCCGGACUCCGGCUGGAAGGCACGGCCUUGCCCCCUGCCCUCCUGCUCCUCCCGGAUCAUGUCUGGGGGCUCCGAAGGAAGAGAAGGCUGAGUGACCGGCCUGAGCCGAUCUUGAUCGGGGAGCAAACCUGGCGCUCUGAAACGUACCCACCUGCUGCCAUGUGUCGCCGCCACAGGUACCUAGACUGUCGCUAAAGUUUCCUAGCUUUGGCCCCGACUCAGGCGCGUUUCUGAGCGGAGUGUCCCAGGGACGACGGAGGACCCAGGCCGACUGCAGACAUUUGCCCCUUUCUGCGGGAUCUUCGGAGCCCUUGACUUGGAACCGGAGUCCUGACCGGUCCUGCGCUGCCCCUUAUAGCUGGCGUGGUGCUGAGCGCUGCCAGCGGAGGCAGCGCCUUCCCGGAGCAGUUUAUCUUUGGACGGAUUUCUUUGAGAAAAAGAAACCAACAGGUUGCCAGCCCGGGGCGACUCACACACGACUCCCGGAGAAGGAGAAGCCCGAGCCUCGGAUUCCUCGGCCAGCGUGUGCCCCUGGCGGGCUGCGGGAGGCGAGGGGAGGGAGAGGGCGAUGGCUCGUCCCGACCCGUCCGCGCCGCCCUCGCUGCUGCUGCUUCUGCUGGCGCAGCUGUCGGGCCGUGCGGUGGCCGCCUCCAAGGCUCCGGUGUGCCAGGAAAUCACGGUGCCCAUGUGCCGCGGCGUCGGCUACAACCUGACGCACAUGCCCAACCAGUUCAACCACGACACGCAGGACGAGGCGGGCCUGGAGGUGCACCAGUUCUGGCCGCUGGUGGAGAUCCACUGCUCACCGGACCUGCGCUUCUUCCUGUGCUCCGUGUACACGCCCAUCUGCCUGCCGGACUAUCACAAGCCCCUGCCUCCGUGCCGCUCGGUGUGUGAACGCGCCAAGGCCGGCUGCUCGCCGCUCAUGCGCCAGUACGGCUUCGCCUGGCCCGAGCGCAUGAGCUGUGACCGGCUCCCGGUGCAGGGCCGCGACGCCGAGGUCUUGUGCAUGGAUUACAACCGCAGCGAGACCACCACCGUGCCCCCCAAGGCCUUCCCCGCCAAGCCCACCCUUCCCGGCGCACCAGGGUUGCCGUUUUCCGGGGGCGAAUGCCCUUCGGGAGGCACAUCUGUAUGCAGGUGUCGCGAGCCCUUCGUGCCCAUCCUGAAGGAGUCGCACCCACUCUACAACAAGGUGCGGACGGGCCAGGUGCCCAACUGUGCAGUGCCCUGCUACCAACCGUCCUUCAGCCCAGAUGAGCGCACGUUCGCCACCUUCUGGAUCGGCCUCUGGUCGGUGCUGUGCUUCAUCUCCACCUCCACCACGGUGGCCACCUUCCUCAUCGACAUGGAGCGCUUCCGCUACCCUGAGCGCCCCAUCAUCUUCCUGUCCGCCUGCUACCUGUGUGUGUCGCUGGGGUUCCUGGUGCGCCUGGUCGUGGGCCAUGCCAGCGUCGCCUGCAGCCGAGAGCACAACCACAUCCACUACGAGACGACGGGCCCCGCGCUUUGCACCGUCGUCUUCCUGCUAGUCUACUUCUUUGGCAUGGCCAGCUCCAUCUGGUGGGUCAUACUGUCGCUCACCUGGUUCCUGGCGGCCGGCAUGAAGUGGGGCAAUGAGGCCAUCGCUGGCUACGCUCAGUACUUCCACCUGGCCGCGUGGCUUAUCCCCAGCGUCAAGUCCAUUACCGCGCUGGCCCUGAGCUCCGUGGACGGCGACCCAGUGGCCGGCAUCUGCUAUGUGGGCAACCAGAAUCUGAACUCCCUUCGCGGCUUCGUCCUGGGCCCACUGGUGCUCUACCUGCUGGUGGGCACGCUCUUCCUCCUGGCGGGCUUCGUGUCGCUCUUCCGCAUCCGAAGUGUCAUCAAGCAGGGUGGCACCAAGACGGACAAGCUGGAGAAACUCAUGAUCCGCAUCGGCAUCUUCACGCUGCUCUACACGGUGCCCGCCAGCAUCGUGGUGGCCUGCUACCUGUAUGAGCAGCACUACCGGGAGAGCUGGGAAACAGCCCUCACGUGCACGUGCCCGGGCUCUGAUGCGGGCCAGCCACGUGCCAAGCCCGAGUACUGGGUACUCAUGCUCAAGUAUUUCAUGUGCCUGGUAGUGGGCAUCACGUCGGGCGUGUGGAUCUGGUCAGGCAAGACCCUGGAGUCUUGGCGACGCUUCACCAGCCGCUGCUGCUGCCGCCCGCGGCGGGGCCACAAGAGCGGUGGCGCAAUGGCCACUAGGGACUACGCGGAGGCCAGCGCCGCUCUCACGGGCAGGACCGUGCCGCCCGGCCCCGCCGUCGUAGCCUACCACAAGCAGGUGUCCCUGUCGCACGUAUAGGAGGAGGCUGGGGCCCAGGGACGCGAGCUGGGAGUUGAGGGAGAGGGUGGUUUUGUUUGGUAGCCUUGUGAAGGUCACUUCCGUUUACUUUCUUGGUGCUGAAGUGCUCCCCCCACCCCCACCCCCCGCGACUUGGGGGAGCGGGAAAGGGGGCGGGUUCAAGCAAGUACCCGUCUCUGGUCUCCAAGGGGGCUCAGCUCACAUGUAUCCUAGUUUGCAUUUCUUUCUGCGUUCUUUAGAAGAAACCCUCUUUUUAAUUUAUAUUUUAAUAAUUUUUAACUUUGUUGCAUUUUGGCAACAAAAUUUACCUUUGCUUUUGAGGGCUUUACAGUCCUCAAGCUGGCAUUAUAAUGAGGUUACCCUUAGUUCAGGUUUCUUUGGACUGUGUGGUCUAAAUUGGGGAAAUGUAUUUCCUGUAUUUGUCUUUAAGAAAAAAAAAAUCAAAUGUGAAUGAACAGUGAAAGUUUGGGCUGCUGUGACUGGGAACGUUCAGAGUGUGCUUUUCAGCUUUGCUGUGCUUAAAGUGUCCAAGACACAUGGAGACCGCCUGUCUAUUCUAGUGCAGUCCUCCAGGUCCUUCCCCAGGAGAGGCACAUGAUGUGGUUAGGGCCUCCCCAACAUGACAAGGUUGGGGAGCUAGGGAUUUUGUGAAUGCCCAGUGAGCUUUGGGUUGCGGGGGGCGGGGGGUACUGUGGGCAUUCUCAUUCCUAACAGCCUGUGUCCUGAAUACGUUAGAGGUGGCAUUAAAGAGUCAGACAUAAAGUGAGAUCAUGAGGAGUGGUGAUUGAAUAAAUUCUAGGCUAGCAAGAUGGUGAGCUUUGUAUCCAAGAAUCAUCCCUGGUUAUUAUUUUAUUUUUUUUAUGUUUUUAAGAAAAGGAAUUUGUGCUACAAUAAGUAAACCUACACCUGUCUUCUGGAAGUAUUUAUGGAACCUUACUAAAUAGGGCUCUUUUUUCUUUUUAGAUUAAAAGACAAAAACAGACAUGCUUCUAGUAAUUAAAGUAAAUUUCCAGUGCUUCUCUUAAUCUGCUUCCCCCACCCCACCUCCUUUAUCAUGUUAAGCAGUCUUUUUGCUUUUCUUAUUCCUCCUGUCCUGGAGAGCUGUGAUUAGAAACCACACCCACCCUCCAGUGAAGUGUUUCUACCGACCCAGGAGGGAGGCUGGCUACUUGUGAGCAAACACAGGCCCAGAGGAGGAAAAAGGAGUCAUGGCUGGUUUAGAGCUAGAUAGCCUCAAGAUUCAUAAUUACAUAAGCUUUAUAAUAUGGGUCAUGCAGUGCCACCCUAGAGGGCCCUCCCACCCCCAUCAUGUUCCUUUCCUUCUGAGGAUGCCCUUAUAGUGGUAGAGACAACACACACUUUCUUUGCUAUUGGAAAAGUGUUUGCUUUCCUAAUUAACCAUUCAUUCAUGAAGAGUGAAAGGCCACCUGGGAAAAGGUGAUGACAAAGCCAGCAAGUACCAGUGACCAGGCCUGAGUGAGGACUAAAUUUGGGGAGCUAAAUGGCCAAAGCAAUUAAAAAUUGAGAAGACUUCUCUAGGGAAACAGCUGGAGUCUAGGCAUCUGAGCUUCAUUUGCAUCAAAUUGGAAAAGUAAGUGUGAAGCCUAGGUCAGUUUUACUCCACAGGGUUGAGUAGGUCUAUGCAUAGUUCCCACAGGGAAUUUCAAUAAUGGGUGGUGAAAGCCCCGAGCUGUAGUUUUAAGCCCUCACAGAAGCUGUCUUCAUUUAUAAGAUGCACUGUUCUUCCUCACUUGUUCUCUGAAUCGGAGUUAAAAUGUCAGUGGCUUGGCUUCCACCAGGCCUAGAACACAGCUGUGGAACCCAGUGAAGGUCUUACUCCUCCAGUUGCUACAAGCCUCUUCCUAAAUCCCAUAGUAGAUUGAGUACCACUUACUCCUGUUUUACAAAUGAUAUUUUCUUAUCAUCUUGACCUCUUCUUUAGUGUGUCCUCCAAGAGUCUGCUGCUGCUGGCAGUCAUUGUGCCUAAUUUGGCUUGUCCCUUCUUUUCUAGAAAUGAUGUACAUUAUAUAUCCAGAAGUUGUGGAACAAAGUAGAUUAAAGUGAUUUUGUAUUUCAUAAAAUUAUGUUUUCACGCUAGCAACAUGUCAAAGCUAAAAAAAGAAUUUAAGCCAAGUGGCGCAUGCCUUUAAUCCCAGCAGUCUGGGAGGCAGAGGUAGGAGGAUCACUGUGAGUUCAGGCCACCCUGACACUACAUAAUGAAUUCCAGGUCAGCCUGGGCUAGAGUGAGACCUUACCUUGAAAAUAAACAUUUAUUUUUAAAAACAAGACAAUUAAUGAAAACAGAUGCUAAUCCAAGGGGAGGUAGCAUACCUAAUCUUUUGGGGGGAUAGAUUCAGAGGUUCUUAUUGUUUCAUUUCUGUUCCCCUCUUUGGUCUCCCUCUUCCCUCAUUCCCUAAGAAGCGAUAGUCCACCUGCUUCCCGAAAGAAUCACUGAGACCAGCCUCUCAGGAGAGGAGCCACGUGCAUUUAUGGUCAUCCUCUUCCCUCCACUUUUUCCUCUGCAGGUUUUUGAAAAUGAUAAAUAAAUGAAAUACAAGGCUGUGGGACAGUCCUGAAACUUCUUCACAGCUGGCUUUGCAAAGCUGGUGAGGACUUAGGCCUGUUUGGGCUCAGUGUGUAAGUUUCUCGCUGUCCCUGUCGCCUCAGUGUUUAAGCAGGUUAGAGAAUGAAAAUUUAGACAGAGUCUCUAGAGGAACCAAUGAGACCUCAGUGAGCCAGUUGGCCAGAUACAGAAAGUUUUAUUGUUAUUUAAUUUUUUUUUUUAAUAUUCCCUCACAUUUUGAUGUCUGAAUUGGCUAGAAAUUUUUCCUUGGUGCCUUACUGGUCCAUUCUUGCAACUCUUUUGUCAUAUUUUUCCGUGACCAUUGCCUUGGCUUAUACGUAAUUGUGCACAUGCACAGGCUUUAAUAAUGUUCUGACAGUACUGGUCCCAAGUUUUUAUUCAUUAGGCUGUCGUUUCACCCCCACCCCCGGCCAGAGCUCCACUAACCUUGAUACACUGGCUGCUAGAAGAAAACCUCUCGGAUCACAAACCUUAAUGACAGCCUCCAUGACCCGCACGCUCGGAAGCAGAAUGGGAACCCCAGAGCUAGGAAGCACAGUUACAUAUUUUAAUGAACUGCUACCCCUGCCGAAGAAGCGCUUUUCACUUGUGUUCUACAGAAAGACCAAGGGGGGUAGGAGGGACAAAGCUUUGAAUAAGUGCUUUCUAACACCGGAUGUGGCAAACCAGGCAGAGCCCAGCACAAAUCGAGGCAGGUGUGAAGUGCAGAAUUGCCUGCUCCCUCUUUGUGCUCUUUCUUGUUCCUCCCAAGUCCAAUCAAGUGACCCUGAGGGAGGAAACGUGCCAGGGUUGGGAGGACGGUUCAGAAAGGAAAGCGGGGAGAGGGGAAGGGGAGAACAGUCCAUACAUUAAAGAAGGGUGAAGAGCAGGCAGAGAAUGUAAGUAGCCUAACGCUGAGAAGCCUCUAGCAGCUUGAUGACAAUUACAGGAUUUAUUUCAGCCCAUAGAGAAUGUCUGCCUGUGGAACAUCAUUUGAAGACAAUAUUACUUCCCAUGUUGUUACAAACUGUAUGUAGAGUAUGUAUGUUUUGUAGGUGUGUAUAUACUUAAUAUAUAUAUUAUAUAUAUGAGAGAUUUAGUGACUUUCGAUACGGGUUUGGUGCAGGUGAAUUUAUUACUGAGCCAAAUGAGGCACAUACCGAGUCAGUAGUUGGAGUCCAGGGCAUUCAUGCUGUUUAUGAUUUCCAUUAUGUACAGUGCCUAUCCCAUACCAUAGCCUCACUCAUGCCAAAUCUAGAGCGCACAGUCAGAAACAGCAAUAUUUUGUAUGUAGACAAUCAACUUGAAUCUGUAAGUUACCGCUGGCAAGUGAUCAUAACUCUGAAGCUGUAACACUAACAAGGAAAGCCAGAGCAUCUUAGCGAGAAGGUUCUAGUUCACUUUGCUCCUGGAAGUCAGUUGAACAGCAAUUGUACAUGGUUCUGUUAAGUCUCAAGAUUUAACUUUGUAUUAUAUUCGUGGGAAGGUAAAAUAAUGGUUUGAGAUUUUUAUCAAAUACGGAGAUUAGUUAUUUAUGAAAAA